AUGUCCAGAGCCUCUGUCGUCGCCCUGACCGAAGAACUGCGCCCAUAUAUCGAAAAGAAAACAUCCAACAUGAGGGCACCGAUUGAUCCACUGAAAAUUGUUGCGUUAAUGCUGUAUUACCUGAGCGAUGGGGGAAGGAUGCGGAAGACUGCUAACGCCUUCGGGGUUUCGCGCCAGGCUUUGUCCCUCAUUAUUAGGCAGACAUGCAGAGCGAUCUCCAUCCACCUGGGUCCAAAAUAUAUCAAGCUGCCUUUUACUGAGCCCGAGACCGCGGAUCUGGUUGAGGGGUUCCAUUGUGCGCAUCGCAUGCCACAAUGUUUAGGAGCAGUGGACGGAACCAACAUCGAAAUCAAGCAGCCAUCUAACAACUCCACUGACUACAUCAAUAGGAAAGGCAGAUAUUCCCUUAAUGUACAGGCCGUCUGUGAUUACAAAUACCGAUUCAUGGAUGUCGUGGUAAAGUGGCCUGGGAUUGUGCAUGAUGCACGGGUCUUUGCUAACUCAAAGCUAAACAUGUACUUGAAAACUGGAAAGAUCCCUGCUCUGAGAAAACAGAUUGUGGAUGAGGAGGAGGCCAUACCAAUGUAUCUUCUUGGGGAUCCAGCCUACCCGCUGCUGCCGUACCUGAUGAAGGAAUAUGCAACCGGUGGCUCCACAGUUCAGGAACAGUACUUUGGGCUAACUUUGUGUAUGGUCAUUGAGUGUGCUUUUGGUCGCCUCAAGGCCAGAUUUGCUGCACUCAGAAGGCCUAUGGACAUAAACAUGGAUGAACUGCCCCAUGUCAUUUACUCCUGCUUUGUCCUCCACAAUUUUUGUGAGGCCAGUAAGGAGGCUGUGGAUGAUCAAUCUGUGGUGGGAAUAAUUCAAGGUGAAAGGGAUGUACAGCCUCCCACACAGAGCAAUAGGUAUCUCACUGACUGUAAUGAGGGGGAGGGAAAGAGAGUGAGGAGAGUGCUUACGGCUUACAUUGACCCUUAG